AUGCACCUUUUUCUGUCUCGUUUUGUGCUAAUUGUCUCAAUCCUCGUCCAUGCUUGCGCACAAGAUACCCUCACGAUAUUUCCAGCUGCCAAUGUUGCUGAUGCGGCCGGCGUCUCCUCGCCUCUCAGCCCGUCUUUUGCUGGAUUUGGCAUUGAACCCUCCAAUCUCUACUCUUUCACCGGCGGGGACAGGCCGAACCAAUUCUCCGUAAACCUCCUCCAGAAUCUUGCUGAUUACGCUGGCGCCCCUCCUCAUAUCCGGCUAGGAGGGAACGCCGGGGACUUGAUGAUAUACGACUCAUCAUUCGAUGAUUACAGCUUGAAGAACAAUCCGAACGCAGUCGGGCAGGGGAAAUAUGCGAGCGAUUCCAUGAUCUUUGGACCCUCGUAUUUCAAAGCUCUAGAUCGGUUUCCCGGAGGCACUCCAAUCACAUACGGACUGAAUCUUGCGUAUUCAGAAGCAGACUACGUGGAAAAUAUUGUGAAGGAGGCUGCUGCUGCGCUGAAGGAUAUGACGAACGUGAAACUAGCUUCGUUCGAAAUUGGAAACGAACCGGAUCUCUAUCUCCAGAACGGCUUUCGCACUGGGACGUGGGAUGGGCAAGUUUACACCCAGGAAUUUCUUAAUCGCGCCGCAUCAGUGUACGAUCAAGUACUGAAACCAGCUGGAUUACCGUCCAGUUUCUUCGAAGCCCCAGCAACAGCAUCCACGAUAGGGACUACUUUCGAAAUCAAACAGCUAGUCCAGAACGGGCUCAUUGCCAAUACAAACGGGUCCCAGUAUAUUAGCGCAUGGAAUCAACACGACUAUUUCUACUUCAUUGACGUAUCAGACUAUCCGCUCAACCUAGACGACCUUAUGAAUCUUGACAACACGAAUACGCAAUUCGCAUACUGGGAAGGCCAAGUCACAGAAGGGCUGAAGACUGGCCUGCCCUACGUCCUACGUGAAAUGGCCAGCGUAGGGCCCAUUGGCAAGGAUGGCAUCAGCGACACCUUUGGAGCCGCCCUCUGGACCCUGAACUUCUUCCUCUACGCCGCUUCCCUGAACAUCUCCUCAGUGCAAAUGCACAUGACGGACAACUCAAAUGCAAGCGCUUGGCAACCAAUCACUAUGUAUGGCAACGACCCUCAUGUGCGCCCGCAAUACUACGCUCACGCUGCCGUCGCCCAGCUCAUUGGGAACGGCAACGGGACGACCCAAAUCGGCGUCUUGAACACCAACGAUGCUUCCGGCUCAUACUCUGGUCGUAUCCGCGCUUAUGCCGCCUAUGCAUCUGGCGAGCUUCGUUCCCUCGUCCUCAUCAACAGCCUUCAAGCAAACUCGUCCGACCCCUCGAAGGGCGCCUACAUUUUCAAUAUCUCGCUCCCUAACUAUCAGGGUGACUCCCUCUUCCUCUCCUACCUCACUGCCGACGGCGCCGACUCGCUCUUCGGCACAACCUGGAACGGCAUCUCCUUCGAAGACUCAAAUGACGGUUCGCCUAAGACGGUAAAUAAGACCAUAGAAACUCUACCCAUCGGCCCAGGCGGGAAGGCAUCUAUCUCAGUACGCGAUUCACAGGCUGUUGUCGCAAAUAUCGGAUCGCUGCUUGGUUCUAAGGUUCUGCCGGCGCAGGCUCCCACUUCGACCAGUGGCUCGAAGAGCUCAGAGGGUGCGAAGAAAUCGACUGCGGUGUCUGGAGUGACAGCUAUGGCGACGGCGGCGAUUAGUGCGGCUGUGACUACUACGGCAGUGUUGAGCGCGAAGCCGACAGGAGUCGGUGUGCGCGGAGGGACGGCGGAGCGGAUGUUGCCCCUUUUGGUGGUGGUUGGGGCUGUGGUAUGGGGUGCUUUUUGUAUGGCGUAGGGGAAAGGUAUCAUGAUAGACGUCUAGUCAGCAGCUACCUACCUACGAAGCACAACCGCUGGCCUGAAGCUGAUGCCCUU